AUGGAUUCUACCUCAGUCUUCGCUCUGUGUCUGCUGCUCUGCGUCUCCAGAACCUUCUCUACUGUGGCUCCAUGGACAGAGUUGGAGGAAGCAAAGACGUAUCUGAAUAAGUUUGGCUACAUGGAAGACUCUCAAGACCCCAACAACCUGGAGGACAUCAUCGAAGCUCUCAAGGUGUUUCAGAGGGCCAACGAGCUGCCCCCUACUGGAGAGCUGGAUGAACAGACUCUGGAGGUGAUGAGGAGCCCGCGCUGUGGCAUCCAGGACCCCUUUAACCAGAGGCAGCAGAAGUACAGAGUGAUGGGCCGGUGGAGGAAGCGCGCCCUGACCUACCGGAUCCUCUCCUGGACCCCAGACCUGUCUCGGUCUGAAGUCCGGUCCGCUCUGCGCGCGGCCUUUGCGUACUGGAGCGAGGUCACGGCUCUGAGCUUCAGGGAGGUGCAGUUUGGAGCCGCCGACAUCCGCAUCUCCUUCCACACCAAGGACGGGCUGUGCCCCGUGCCUUUCGACGGACCAGGUCAGGUCCUGGCCCACGCCGAAGCCCCCGAGUCUGGGGUGGUACACUUCGAUGAGGACGAGCAGUGGACCGAGGGCUCUUUUCGGGGCACGAAUCUGCGCAUUGUGGCGGCUCACGAGAUCGGCCACGCGCUGGGGCUGGCGCACUCACAGUACCGCAGCGCACUUAUGGCCCCGGUGUAUUCUGGGUACAGGCUGAACUUCAAACUGCACCAUGACGACAUCAGGGGCAUUCAGGCGCUCUACGGUAAGCGGGCGCCAGGUCCUGUGGCCAGCUCUCCCCCUUCUCCUCUUCGUCCCACUCUGAGCUCGGGUCGUGUCCCGGACCCCUGCAGAGCCCCCCUGGACGCCAUCAUGCUCGGUCCCUGGGGGAAGACCUUUGCCUUCAGUGGGGACUAUGUCUGGACCGUGUCGGACUUGGGACACAAUGCUCCAAUCCGGAUCCAGCGUCUGUGGAGAGAACUGCCGGGGAACCUAAACGCCGCCGUGCACUCGCCUCGCACCAACAAGACCUACUUCUUCAAAGGUAACAGAGUGUGGAGGUACCAGAACUUCCUGCUGGAUUACGGGUACCCCAAACCCCUGACCCGAAUCCCCCCAAACAUCCACGCUGCGCUGUACCUCCAGAAGAACCAAAAACUAGUCUUCAUCAAGGGCUCGGAGUUCUGGCAGUGGGAUGAGCUCCGUCACACAGACAUGUCCCUGUACCCAAAGCCCCUCUCUCUGCUGCUGCCGGGACCCUCCAGUCCGGACGCUGCCUUCACCUGGACCAACGGCCGUAUCUACCUGUUCAAGGGCGCCUCAUACUGGAGAGUGAGCGAGCAGCUGAGCCUGGACCCGGGGUACCCCCAGAGCACCAGGCUGCGCUGGAUGCGCUGUUAG